AUGGCGGACCUCGGCAAUGCGGAUGGACAGCUGUCUAGCCGGGGCACUGCCACGCCGUCAAGCGUCUCUCCCCGCAGCAACUUGGCCAACCUGAGUGAUGAGCUUGCCAGUCAGAGCACCCCGCGGGCAACUGCAAGCCCCCGCUCAGGCCUCACCUCAGGAGGGGGGCCGAAACGAGGGCCGCCAUCACCCCAUCCCGGCACCAGCAAUGGCUCCGAGUACCCGCCCCCGCCGCCAAAGGUGCUGAGCCCCAUUUGGCAGCAGAAGAAGCUGGCGCCUCCUGCGCACGGGACCUUGCCAGCUGGCGUGGCCCCGUUAGAAGGCGGGGAGCAGUGGGCGGGAAGGGCGGGACAGAAAGAAAUGCUGACACGGUCCUUACCAGACCUGAAGCUGCACCUGCGGGCGCUGGCGGAGCAGGACGAGAGGGGCUGGGAGCAAGGGGCGGGCAGCCCCACAUUGGCGGGUCUGCCACAGUAUCGAGCAAUUUUGGAGGCGGAGGGCCGACCGGUGGGGACUCCGACAGGGCGGGGCGCAGCGCGGGUUAAGGCCUUAGAGCUGGAGGAAGGAAUGGGAGUGGAGGGCAGGAUGGGGGGAGGAGAGACGCCCAAAGGCCUGGAGGGCAGUCCUUGGGCUGGCAGCCCGCACUCCCCCGCCAAGACGCUCAGGGAAAAGGCCAGCAGCGUCCGGCUCUGGCACGAGGAGGCCGCAGCCCGCUCGGGGCAGGUGCGCUCCGUCCAGCUGCUAUCGUCCCCGCGAUCCCCCCGCGCCAAGCCGGGCUCUUUGAACCCUCCAGAAGUCGAGGUUGACGAUACUCCUCGGGUGUAUCCGCCAAUUUCACAACAACAACGAUUGGAGCCGCCACCCGACUGGCGUAUUCCAGAAAGGAAGAGAAGUGCAGAUUCGGGCAAAGGCGGUGGUCCCCAGCUGGCCGACUUCUCGGUCCUGGCGGAGACGUCGCACCGCCUCAACAACCCGGGCCGCACGCGGGAAGAAGCACGUGCCCUGCUCAGCAUGGCGGUCCUGCUCGAGAACGCCCAGCGCUUGAUUCCCAUCUCACCCCAAGUGCCCUCGCAGGAGUACGGCCGCGCCGUGGACGUCUACGAGCGCUUCCUGCGCGCGUGCGUGCAGUCGCAGGACCAGGACCUGCAGGUGCUCGCGCACAACUGCCUCGGAAUUGCGCACGCGGCCGCGGGCGACUACGUGGCCGCCAAGCCGGGCAGCCCGAGGACAGCCGGCCUGGCUGAGAGCCUGGGCGAGGAGGCCGGGUGCAGUCUCCCGGGCGACGCUGCGGCGGAGUACGAGGCGGCGUUGGGGCACCACGCGCAGCACGGGGACCUGGCGGCCGACGGCCGCGGCCGCGCCAUGGCGGCCGGCAAUGCGGGGCUGCUGCUGACGCGGCUGGGGCGGGGGAAUGAGGCGAUCGAGAUGCACAAGCGCGCGCUGGCGGCCGCGAUCCAGGGCGGCGACGCGGUGUGCGAGCGCGCGGCGGUGGGCAACCUGGGGCGGCUGCUGCUGCAACAGGACAAGGUGCUCGCGAGCGCGGAGGACUGCAUACGAAGAUACCUGGCGGUGUGCACCUCCCUGGAGGACGGCGCCGGCGUGGCGGAGGCGCACUUUCUGUUGGGCGUGGUGGCUACCCGGGUGGGGCGCCACGCGACGGCCGCGGGCGAGUUCGAGGCCGCGCUGGCGGCCGCCAAGGCGUGCGGCAACAAGGACAUCGCGCGAUACGCGCGGAUACACAUCGGGAUGGCCAAAGGCAAAGUCAACCUCGCGCAGCAGCUGGCUGCGCUGGAUGGGCCGCAGACGCAAUAG